AUGUCCAACCGCCAAGCCGCAGACGACGAGUUUGCCCGCCUCCUCGCGCUGGUCACGUCCCACCUCGCAGACCGUAACGCGACGCUCGACACGCUGCCCACCACGCCGACGGCGCACGCCGUUCGCGCGGCCGUAGCGACCCUCCCUUCGUCCCUCCCAGCCAACGGGUGGACGGCACCCACGACCAUCGACUACUUGGUCAAGACUCUGCUCCCCGGGUGUCUCACGGCGCAGAAUGGGCCGCGGUACUUUGGCUUUGUGACUGGCGGCGUCACGCCGGCCGCGCAGCUCGCCGAGACGCUGUUGACGGGCUACGACGAGAACGUGACGCUGACGCUGCCGGACACGAGCGCUGCGACAGCCGUCGAGGCCAAGGCGCUCGAGAUGGUCCUGGACCUGCUGAACAUUCCGCGCGAGUCGUUUGCCGGACGCACCAUCACGACAGGCGCGACGGGGAGCAACGUGCUCGGCAUGGCGUGUGCGCGCGACUACCUGUAUGCCAACUCUCCCCACCUGCCCCAGGGCUACAGCUAUGCGCAAUCGGGUCCGCCCAGCUCGCCCACGCUGCCGUCCCCGCCCAUCGUCGUCCUCGGCCUCCACCCGCACUUUAGCAUCCUGAAAGCCGCGGCGCUGGUGGGCAUCGGCGGCGGACCGGGCGUCAUCCAGUCCCUCCCGGCCGACGCCGACGACGAGCUCGCGAUCGACAUUGCGGCGCUGCAUGCGCGCCUGGCGGCAGAAAAGGAGGUGGGGCGCGGCGUGAUUGUGACGUACGGUCUGGGCGAGGUGAACACGGGCGGCUUUGGGCGCGGGCUGGGCAACGUCGCGGCGCUGUGUAAAGAGUACGGAGCGUGGCUCCAUGUCGAUGGCGCGUUUGGUGGAUUCGCGGGCGUCCUCCCGGAGCUCCAGCACCUCGUGGACGGUAUUGAGCUGGCCAACAGUCUCACUCUGGAUGGCCACAAGUGGCUCAACGUCCCCUACGACUGCGGUCUCUUCUUCACCCGUGACAUUGGCACACUCCCAGCCCUCCUGGGCCCGCCAAGCGGCAGCGGACCGGCAUACCUCCAGACGGGCUCCUCAUCGACGGCUGUGGGCGCCGGCGAGUCGCAGGGCUUCGUCCACGACCACGUCCCCAGCCCACUGUUCCUCAACAUUGAAAACUCGCGCCGCUUCCGCGCGUUGCCCCUGUUCGCGAGCCUGGUGUCGCUGGGAAAGGACGGGUACAUUGAGAUCAUCCGGCGCAACAACGCCUUUGCCCAGCGUGUCGCAUACUACAUCGCCGAACACCCAAACUACGUCCUCCUCAACGCCAGUCCCGGCUGGGUCGCGGGCUCGAUGGACCGGGACCAGCCGCCCAUUGUGCCCCUCAACAUUGUCCUGUUUGGCGGCUCGGCGACGUCGCCCUUCCCGCCCUCGGACGUCCCGGGCCAGGACGGCGCGCCGGCGCUCACGGCGGCCAUCAAUGCCACGCGCCGGAUGUACGUGUCGGGCACUAAAUGGCGCGGCGUCGGCGCAGUUCGCCUCGCCGUGAGUAACUGGCGUACGGGGCGUGACGGGGAGGACUUUGACGCUGUGAAGCGUGUUCUCGACAAGGUGGUUGUCGAGGCGUGUAAAAAGGAGUGA